UACUCACUUAAAAUUACCGCGCAUUAGAACAACAAAAAACGGCUUCAAUCGGAAACAGUAAAGGACCCGCCCUUUAGCUUAUAAGCGUCGAAGCGGAACGAACGAACGUUCAGUUUCUUAUAUUAACUUUUUUUAAUAUUCCGAUUCAUCUUUCGAUUAAGUGAAAAGGAGAAUUAUAUCUGCACUAUGGAGAUAUCUCCUAGAAAAUCUUCAAAACGAACGCAAGAGCAUGUAGAUGAGUGGUUAUCAAGCCAAGGAUAUUUUCGAAAGCAUGUCCCUAGGGAUCCAACUUGUUUAUUUAGAGCUAUUAGUGAACAAGUUUAUUUAACGCAAUACUAUCAUGUAAGAGUAAGACGAGAAUGCGUAGAAUUCAUGCGAGAAAACAGGAAUUUAUUUGAAGAGUGUAUAACAAUUCCAUUUGAUAUGUAUCUAGAACAAAUGACAUGUUUCACAGAAGCAGGUGGUUCUAACGAAAUACAAGCAAUGUCUUUACUUUACAAAAGAGAGGUGAUUUUGUUUAAUGGACAGAAACAAACAUGUAAACAAUUGACUAAUUAUGGUUUUACAAAGUAUAUACGUUUAUGCUAUACACCACAAAAACAGUAUGAAAGCGUAUAUAGCAAAGAUUUUGUUAUGGAAGCAGGCUUUUGCCAGUCUAUUAUAUAUGAAAUUUUAUAUAAAGAUGUAUUUGAUAUGGAAAAUCUAGAUAAUACUGUUUAUAAAAUGUUACAUAAUCGAGAUUCUACCCUAAGACAUGAUAGAUUUUUCUCGAAAGGAAAUCUCGAAAUGAGAGAAGAGUUGUCAGCAGAAGUAUAUAAAAGACUUGAAAAUAGCUGUGAAGGAACACUGGACUGCUUUCCAACAGGUGUACCACCAUUCCCUUAUAGAGUUGCUAAAGCUAUUGAUGUUAAUAUUUAUCGUAAUAUUGAUUUCGAUGUAUGGCAUGAAAUUAGACGAGAAAUAAAAAAUGCUGGCUGGAUAAGAUAUAACAGCAAUGGACUUCAGAUUGGAGAUAAAUGUCUAAUUGAAAUGGACUUUGAUAAAAGUGACUUGGAUAAAUGUGAUACAAAGGCCAUAAAAGAUGGUCGAAGUUCUAACGAAAGUAAGACAUUACAAAAAAAAUUAAGUCAAAAUCCUGCAAUUCUUUGUGGACAUAUUCAAGAAAUAAAUAAAAACGAAGGUUCCGUAGUAGUAUUUAUAGAAGAAUUUGGAGAAAAAAAGACUGUACCAUAUUCGUCUCUCAAACCAUUAUCUUUGCGAAAAAAUAAACAAAACAAUUGGCCAUCAACAUCCAAAAAAAAUUUGCAACUAAUUGAUUCCAAUCAGAAAUAUAAGAAGCUUUCUAGCGCAAGUUCAAGCAAAACAAAAGAACAAGCAAAUUAUGAAGAUAAUAUUUUUGAAAAAAAUCUUGAUGAGUGUUCUAUUACUGCCAUUGCUUCUACUUCUGGUACUGCCAAAAUGACUACUCCUCUAUUAGCUGCCAGCACUGCCGCGACUCUUAUGAAGAUUACAGAUAAUGAUAGUUAUAAUGAAAAAAUAAACAGAGAAGAUUUACCCGCGCUUCAAUGGCAAAAACAAGAAUGGAACAAUCAAGGUCAGAUGGUUGGAGAAAAUUCGUUGGGAAAAUUACAAAAUUACACUGCAAAUAAAAAUGCUCCUCAAUUUCAUGGACAGGGAAAUACGGAUAAAAAAACAAAAACUGGUAAAGAUAAUUCACAAACUAUGACCGGAAAUACAUCAUCAUAUUAUGUUGCUUCGAAUGAUAAUUCUUAUCCUUCUGUUUCGUACAUGACUGGUUAUACAGGUGAAUUAAUACCUGCCAAUCAAAUGAAUCGAACAUUGCGAAAUAUUGAUAAUUUGACUCAAAAAAGUAUGGAUUUAAGUAGCUGUGAUUUGCCAUUAUCAGAUCCAGCUACAUUAAAAUUCUUUUAUAAUUUAGGAUUAGAGUGUUUCCGUGUCAAUUAUGCAUGGAACUAUGGUCCUAAUGGACAGUUAGCAUCUUCAGAAUCUUGGUAUACAGCUGGUCCAUCCAUGGCAUCAUCAAAUACAAAUGCAACUCGAAAUAUAGGAGAAGUACAAAAUAUUAAUACGUGCGUAAUGGAAGAAGAAAAACCGAUAGAACAAAAAGAAAAUAGUGACAAUAAUGGAAACAAUGCUAUUAUCCCACAAUUAGCACAGAAGACAAUGAAUACGUGCCUAAAUAAUGUGACCGAUUUACAAAAGGACAAGUUAAAAAAAGUAGAAAAGAAUAUAGCACCGUCUACCCAUGAGAAUAUUAAAGAUGCAGAGAAUGUCAAUAAAGACAAACAACGAACUAAUAAUACAGCCCCACGAUUUAAAAAAAAUACACCUAAAGAUCAACAUUAUAGCGAACAAAGAUAUUCGCAUAAUAAGAAAUUGUCUAAACAUUGCGAACACAAUUGCUUAUUACGCGAAUUUCAGAAUGUUUCGAAUUCGCAAAUUGGUGAUAUGCAAGCACCGCUUGCUAAUACUGUUUUAAAUCCAGUACAUAUAUCACCUGGAAUGGCGAAUACUUAUCAUUUAUCUUAUGUACAACAACAGUCACCAUAUGCAAAUGUGUCAUAUUGUGAACAUGAAGUAGAUACAUACGGAGGUUCGUAUUACAUGUCUCAAGGAGGUUUCCCUAAUAUUACUUGCGUACCAAAUCCUGAUGUUGUCGAUGCAAAUAAUACGCACUCCUUUUUGCCAUAUUUCUAUCCAAGUGCAGAAAUAUAUCCUCCGGUUUAUUCAUCAUCUGCAUAUUCAGCAUACAUGCAUGCUCAACAAACAGCAUAUGGUGGCUUACCUCCACAAAAUAUACACGACUCGUGGUAUUCGUUUCCAGAACAAUAUUACUAUCUUCAAUAUAGUCCUGUUCCAUUUCGCACAACAGAGCAUUCUAGUGAAAUGGGACAAGGUAAUAAUUCAAAUUCAUCGACUUAAUCUAAUUUCAUAAAUCAUAAAACAUUCAUUCAUCAUAAAACAAUAUUUACACAUAAAAAUAUUAAAACUUAUAUGUCUGUGUAUCCAUUGCUUAUAUGAUAUAUAUGCAUUAUCUAUAUGCGUUACGUAUAUGUUACAUAUACAUUACUUAUAAUAUGUCUAUAUAUAGAUGCGUUUUAUAUGUCUAUAUACAUAUAUAACCUAUAUAACAUUAUAAUAUCCAAUUAUCAUUAUAAAUUCUGUUAUUAAAUAUCGUUAUUAAUAUAUCGACAUGUAAUGCAAUAAUGCGAAUUUUUAUUCGCGACUGACGAAUUUUUUUUCGCGAGACGAACCGUAUAGUUUCUAUCAGAAGAACAAAUGUAAGGAGAGAUACAAUUAUAUUUCUUCCAUUUAUUUAGUUGAACUUAAGAUAUAUAUAAAUAACAUAUCAUUUAUAGUUUUAUAUUUUGAGUGUUCUUAUUACAAAUAUUUUGCUUAUCUAUACAAGGAAAUAAUAUUAAACUUGUAUACUACAAUAUUAAAUAUAUAAAAUUGAAUUUCUAUAUACUUUUUUUUUUUGAGAAAUAAGCCUUGUUUAUGUUUUAAUUAUCUGACAGGUUACCUUCGUUAAGUAUAUAUUAAUAUAUUGAAUAUAAUUUAUAUUGUAUACUUAUAUAUAAUUCUUAUGACACGAAUAUGCAUUAUUUAUAUGUCUAUAUAGAUAUUACUUAUAUAACAUUAUAAUAUCCAGUUAUCAUUAUAAAUUCUGUCAUUAACAUGUCAACUUGUGAUGCAGUAAUGCGAAUUUUUAUUCGCGACUGACGAAUUUUUGUUCGCGGGACGAACUGUAUAGUUCCUAUUACAAGAACAAAUGUAAGGAAAGAUACAAUUUUUUUUUUUUCAUUUCUUUAGUUGAACUGAAGAUAAACAUAAAAAGCAUGUCAUUUAUAGUUUUAUACUUUGAGUGUUCUUAUUACAAAUAUUUUGCUCAUCUAUACAAGGAAAUAAUAUUAAACUUGUAUAUUACAAUUUUAAAUAUAUAAGAUUGAAUUUCUAUAUACUUUUUUUUUGAGAGAUAAGACUUGUUUAUGUUUUAAUUAUUUGACAGUUUCCUUCGUUCAGUAUAUAUUAAUAUAUUAAAUAUAUUUUGUUAUGUACCUAUUUACUAAGUAAUUAAUAUACAAUUAUAUAUUAAAUAUAAUUUAUAUUAUAUACUUAUAUAUAAUUCUUAUGUCAAAAAUGAUUGUAUAUCCAAGAAUUACAAUUAAAUCUAAUAAACAUUAUAAUAUUAAUUAAUA